UAAUUUAGACCUUCUCAAUCGACAGUCGGCCUCAUCGCUCUGAUGUUGAUGUCCGCCAUUGUGGUUAGAAAGUUAUAGGGGGCAUCGAAAUUUGUAAACGAAAAUGUUUUUGUCCAGAACCAUUCGUGCUGCUGUAUCGCAGUCGGCCCGGCAGGUCCGUAGCCUCCACCAGUCUGCCGUGCGAGCAGGAGCGGGAGGUACCUUUGUGCACAGAGACACACCAGACAACAACCCAGACACCCCUUUCGAGUUCACCCUUGAAAACAUGAAGAGGAUUGAAGCCAUCGUUAGUAAUUACCCUGAGGGGCACAAGGCGGCUGCCACCAUCCCCGUGCUGGACGUGGCACAGAGGCAGCAUGGCUGGCUGCCCAUCUCCGCCAUGAACAAGGUGGCAGAGGUGCUGGAGAUUGCUCCUAUGCGUGUGUAUGAGGUGGCCACCUUCUACACCAUGUUCAUGAGGCAGCCAAUGGGCAAAUACCACAUCCAGAUCUGCACGACCACCCCCUGCAUGCUUUGUGACUCCGACAGCAUCCUCGCCGCCAUUAAGAGCAAGCUGGGUAUUAAAGUGGGGCAGACGACACCAGACAAGCUGUUCACUCUGAGCGAGGUGGAGUGCCUUGGAGCCUGUGUAAAUGCACCUAUGGUCCAGAUCAACGACAACUACUACGAGGAUCUCAACACCGCUGAUAUUGAGCAGAUCCUGGAUGAGCUGAAAGAAGGCAAAGUUCCCCUACCAGGACCCAGGAAUGGACGUUUUUCAUGUGAGCCUGCAGGGGGCCUCACCUCUCUAUCAGAACCACCCCCAGGACCUGGAUUUGGGGUGAGGGCUGACCUUUAAGCCCCACAUACUGCCCAUCACACACACACCUGUGUCAAGGUGUCAAUGUAACAAAUAAGUUAUAAAAUCAUAUGUCAUGUGUAAAUAAAAAUGGUUGAUGUAA